GAGCCCACAAUCUUCACCGGCGGAAAACAUUUGAUUUGUGCUGUGAAGCCAGGAACAACUUUUAAACAACAGAGGUAACGGAGCUGAGGGAAGCGUGAGGUGUCCUGUGCCCUCUCAUCUCGAAAUGAACUGUCACUCGGGACUGCGAUGGUUGGUAACUUUAUGCGCUUUCUUUCAAGUGGGCUCACCCCGGGACACGCACCAGAGCACGCAGAAAUGUGACAAGCCCGUAUCGCAGAAAGACAUGAACUCCUUCCUGUGGACCGUGAAACGGCCUCCUCCUUACGCUCCGUCCUAUCUCUUUGGGACAAUCCACGUCCCAUACACUCGAGUCUGGGACUACAUCCCCGAGAGUUCGAAACGGGCCUUCCAGAGCAGCACCAAUGUGUUCUUUGAACUGGAUCUCACAGAUCCCCUAACCAUCUCAAAACUCACUAGCUGCCAGCUUCUGCCCAACGGAGAAAACCUCCAGACGUUAUUGCCGCGUGAUCUGUACCGCCGACUCAAGCGCCACCUGGACUAUGUCAAACACAUGAUGCCCUUCUGGAUGACGGCAGACCAACGUGGCCGGGGACUUUAUGCCGACUACCUCUUCAAUGCCAUCACAGGGAACUGGGAACGCAAGAGGCCCGUAUGGGUGAUGCUGAUGGUGAACUCGCUGACGGAAGCAGAUGUGCGGUCGCGGGGAACUCCGGUGCUCGACCUGUUCUUGGCGCAGGAAGCCGAGCGUCUCGGAAAGCAGACAGGUGCUGUGGAGAGGGUGGAGGAACAGUGCCAUCCCCUGAAUGGACUGAACUUCUCACAGGUGUUGUUUGCUCUAAACCAGACUCUACUGCAGCAUGAGAGUUUGCGUGCAGGCAUUCUGCAGGGCGCCUUCACUACUGAGGACCUCAUCACACACUACAACUGUGGAGACCUUAACUCCAUCAUCUUCAAUCAUGACACAUCCCAGCUUCCGCAUUUCAUCAACAGUUCCUUGCCAGCUCACGAGCACUUGACAGCACAGCAGAUUGACAGUUACCUGCGACAGGAGCUCAUUUACAAACGCAAUGAGCGAAUGGCCCACCGCGUCUCUGCCCUCCUUCAGAGAAACCCCACCCAGAGCUUCUUCUUUGCUUUCGGAGCUGGUCAUUUCCUGGGGAAUCACAGUGUACUGGACAUCCUGCGCCAGGAGGGCUAUGAGGUGGAGCACACACCAGCACAAGAGCCCAUCACACAAAGGAGCUGGUCUGAGGUGGAGGGGACUACUGUGAAUCCCACUGAAGACAGCUCUGAAUCAGUGACGGAAUGGACAUCAGAACCUCCUGAGCUAGAGGAAAUCAGCCAGGAAGAACUCUCCCACAUGCUGCUGCCAGACAGUCUUAGCCAGCUAGAGGAGUUUGGCCGCUACAAACGCCCCCGUAAAACCCAUCAUGCACACAGUCGACCACGGCUGUUCAGUGACCUGUGGGUGCGCAUAGGAGACAGCACGACUCCAAACCCGAAUAUAAGGAUAACCAAUGGCUAUGUGACGGUGGAACCUCCUCGAACACGACAGGAACAACAGCAAAGACGAACGCCACUCCGAGACAGACUGAAGCCCCCAAGCCAGCCCACAAACCCCAGCGCACUUGACUUCGCUGCUCCAAACUCAACAUAUGCGCUGACUUGCCUUUUGGCCUGUCUCAUUUCACAACUGCUUUUCACUUCCUGAAGAGGGAAAUGGGUCUCUUGGAAGCUCAC